AUGAUCUCCAGCCUCAAGGAAGCGGAACGCGGGUUCUCGUCUGGCUUCUUUCGGAGCCCGGCUGAUUCUCUAUCUGCCGGUGCGUGGGGGAAGCUGCUGCUCUGCACCGAAAGAGGGGCGUGCUGUGAUAUGGGCCAAUUGACCGUGGAAUCACCGAGUGAUUUGGGGAAGGCGGCGCGGGACUGGUUCGAAAUUGAAGGGCGUGCGCCAAAGCGAGUCGAAGGUCGAAGGUAA